GUGCGUGCGGAGCUGCAGAGCUGUGUGAGCCGUCAGCAGGAGGCGCUGCGCUGCAGAGAGGUGUGUCUGCUGGGUCAGAUCGAGCUGCUGGAACAACUGAAGACUGAAACUCUGCAGCAGCAGCUGCACCAGCUGCACUGGCUCAGAGGUCAGUUUGAUGUGAUCGCACAUCAGCUGCAGAACUCAAACAGCAGCAACGACCUGAGUAACCAGCUGACUGCCUGCAUGGAGAGGUAACACACACACACACACA